AGGAAGGGAGGAGGGCGGUCGGCCACGCAGCCAGAGCUGGGGUGUCGGGCAGCCCGGAGCGGAGCUCGGCCCGGGGGCUCGGGGCUGCUCUCGGGGCGCGGCGCUGGAAGGGCCCCGGGCAGGUGCGGGGCAGGCGCUCUGGAUGGAGAAGCAGCCUGGUUUGUGCAUUGCCAUGGGUGACCACUGCUUUCCUGUACUUGCCUAGUACUGAAGCCACCAGGAUUCAUGAUGGAGACUUUGCUGGAAGGAAUGCAAAGAGGUGGGCGGGGAAGUGGUGGGUUCCUGACCUCCUGUGAGGCCGAGCUGCAGGAGCUGAUGAAGCAGAUCGACAUCAUGGUGGCUCACAAGAAAUCCGAAUGGGAAGGGCAGACACAGGCUUUGGAAGCUUGUCUGAGUGCUCGGGAGCAGGAACUUGCCUCUGCCAAGGCAGCUCUGCAGGAAAAACAAAAGGAGGUUGGCAUGCUGCGCCGCCAGGUUGAGGAUGUGGAAAAAUCCAAGCAGGACAUGGUUAGAGAGUAUGAACAACAGCUGAAGAAGUUCCAGGAGGAGUUGUCCCGGCUGAGGAGGAGCUAUGAGAAGCUGCAGAAGAAAAAAACAAGGAGCAGAGGAGAAGCUAACAAAGGACAAGAGGAGGACAAGUUUGAAUUGAGCCGACUGACCAGGAAGCUGGAGGAGUUCCGGCAGAAAUCACUUGACUGGGAGAAGCAGCGCCUGCAGUACCAGCAGCAGGUGGCAUCGCUGGAGGCGCAGCGCAAGGCUCUGGCAGAGCACUCCGAGCUCAUGCAGAACACUGAAAAAUUCAAAAUGAGCACUCCCCCAAGCUGCUGGAACCAGACGCAGCUGGCCAGUCGGAAGCAGAUGCUGGACUCGGUGGAGCUGGCGAGCCGCUCGGAAAUCCAGCACUUGAGCAGCCGGCUGGAGAGGGCCAGGGACACCAUCAGUGCCAACGAGCGCGAGGUGGAGAGGCUCAGCAUGAGGGUGGAUGGCCUCAGUGAGGACAACCGCGUCAUUCUGGAAGAUCAGCACAGAGUUGAAGAGGAAUUAAGGGAGUCCAAGACAAUGUUAGAGGUGCUGCAGGAUGAGAAGAUGGAACUGAAAGCCACCUUGCAGUCUCAAGAAGAUUUCAUUAACAGCUCGAAACUGCACCAGGAGCAGUUACAGAAACAGCUGGACAGGAUGACUGAAACUCUUCACACAAAAGAACUCCUCAUCAGGGCCUUGGAGGAGCGCUUGCAAGGGAAGCCAUUGUCCUCUGCAGGGCUGGAGCUGGAGCAGGUGCUGCUGCAGCUGGAUGUUGCCCAGAAGAAGGAACAGCACUUGCAGUCAGAGGUGACUCGUCUUGAGAACAGCCUGGUGUCUUCAAAUGCCAGGUGUGUGCAGCUGAGCGAGGAGCUGGGGGAGAAUAUCAAAGAGCUGCAGUCCCUGGAAGAAGACCAGACUGAGUCAAGGGCAGAGAUUAAAAAGCUGAAAGACCAGCUCUCUCAGGCUGAACAAAUGCACAGCAGUGAGCUGGAGAGGAUGAAAAGGGAGAUCUCCAGGCUGACCCAGGAGCUGCAGCAGCGAGACAUCACCAUUGCAUCAGCAAGCGGCUCCACCUCGGACCUGGAGCAGCAGCUCAGAGCAGAGAUUGAAAGGGCAGAGAGGAAAGCAGUGGAACACAGGGUACUUCUGGUCCAGCUGGAAACCCUGAGACUGGAAAACCGUCAUCUCUCAGAGAUUCUGGAAAAAACAGAGUGUGGUAAGCUGAAGGGGGCUGAUGGCAGCCUGAGAGCACUCAGGGAGGACUACACUGCUGAGCUGCAGAAAUUGAUAGCUGAGAACCAGCAGCUGCGGAAGGACCUGGCAGAGACCAGGGCGAAACUGGGGGUCACUGCACACGUGUGCCCAGGUGAACCUGAGGGCAGGGCUCAGCAGGGGCAAGGCAGAGAGCCCAGGGAUGUACAGCACAGGGAAGCACAGCACAAGCAGGAUGAGCACACAGGGAGGACACAUCUGCAGCCUGACAGGACUGCUCAGCAUCAUCACAGGGACUCCCAAAGGUUUGGGGCUGCUGAAACAGGAACUGUGACCCCUGAGAUGGGUGAGCCACCCUCCCAGAGCAGCAGCAAGAACUGCAGGGAGCCACGUGCCUGGCUGGGAAUGGAGUCUGUGCUUCAUGAGGUGCAUGAAAACAAAGAUCUUGCAGAUGAAGCAUCUAAGCAGCCUGCCUUAAAUCAUCACAGAGAAUCUCUGUUUUUGUGCCCCUUGCCUACAGCUUCUGUGGGAUCCAUUGCUGCACGAUACCUGGAAGAUGAAGAAGUGAGAUCCCAGCACAUCCUGGAGUGCCUAAAUGCUCACAUUGAGGAACUGAAAAAAGAGAGUGCAAAGAUAGUGAGACGAUUUGAACACCAUGAAUAAUGUUCCUUGUGGAGUUGGAAUGCUGGUUUCCUUAUGUGCUUCCAAACUGUGACUGGGAAGGUGCCUGUAUCCAGCUGGGAUUGGAGCUUGAGUGAGAGGCCGUGUGUCCCACUUGGAGCUGAGUCAGCAGGAUGGGAUUUGAGGAAAAGGAACUCAUGUGUCCGUGCUUGCUCUGAUGAGGGGUGUUACACCACAAACAUUUGAGUCAGCUUGCCAUAGGUCAGAGACCUGCAUCACAGCUAUGUGCUCACUUACAAAGUUGAUAGUAUUUUUUAAAAGCAAAACAUUUCCUAGUUUUUAUGUAUUUAAAGUAUAUUUUCUACAUGUAAAAGCAUUGAAAUAAAUCAGAAUGGCAAACGCCUCUUUUCCUGUUUAUACAAAUAC